AUGAGGGUGGGGCGGGCCAUCAAUGGCAAGGCAGGAGCUUAUAUGCGGCUGCCGAUAAACCCGGAUCACAGAAAGCAUCGCAGGUGGCGACUAUUUGAAACUCGCCGGUUGCUUGGAUACUGUCGCAUUGGAAUGCAGCUGACUUGUCAGAUGCUGGGAAAGUAUCGCACGGUGGCGACCCCCGGUUCUUCUGUGCCUAUGGGUAUCUCGCCAGGUGGGGGCACCUCGAUACUUGUGGACAUCUCACCAGGUCAAGACACUUUAGUACCUGUGGACAUCUCACCAGGUCAAGACACUUCAGUACCUGUGGACAUAUCACCAACUCAAGGCACUUUAGUACCUGUGGACAUAUCACCAGGUCAAGACACUUUAGUACCUGUGGACAUCUCACCAGGUCAAGACACUUCAGUACCUGUGGACAUAUCACCAAGUCAAGGCACUUUAGUACCUGUGGACAUAUCACCAGGUCAAGACACUUUAGUACCUGUGGACAUCUCACCAUGUCAAGACACUUUAGUACCUGUGGACAUAUCACCAAGUCAAGGCACUUUAGUACCUGUGGACAUAUCACCAGGUCAAGACACUUUAGUACCUGUGGACAUCUCACCAUGUCAAGACACUUUAGUACCUGUGGACAUCUCACCAUGUCAAGACACCUCAAUACCUGUGGACAUCUCACCAGGUCAAGACACCUCUGUACCUGCGGACAUCUCACCAGGUCAAGACACUUUAGUACUUGGGGACAUCUCACCAGGUCAAGACACCUCAGUCCCUGUGGACAUCUCCCCAGGUCAUGACUCUUUAGUACCUGUGGACAUCUCGCCAUGUCAACAUACCUCCAUACCGGUGGACAUCUCACCAGGUCAUGACACUUUAGUACCUGUGGACAUCUCACCAGGUCAAGGCACCUCAGUACCUGUGGACAUCUCAUCAAGUCAUGACACUUUCGUACCUGUGGACAUUUCACAGGGUCAAGACACUAUAGUACCUGUGGACAUCUCACCAGGUCAAGACACCUCAGUACGUGUGGACAUCUCAUCAAGUCAUGACACUUUCGUACCUGUGGACAUUUCACAGGGUCAAGACACUAUAGUACCUGUGGACAUCUCACCAGGUCAAGACACUAUAGGUCAAGACACUAUAGUACCUGUGGACAUCUCACCAGGUCAAGACACCUCAGUACGUGUGGACAUCUCACCAGGUCAUGACACUUUAGUACUUGGGGACAUCUCACCAGGUCAAGACACCUCAGUCCCUGUGGACAUCUCCCCAGGUCAUGACUCUUUAGUACCUGUGGACAUCUCGCCAUGUCACCAUACCUCCAUACUGGUGGACAUCUCACCAGGUCAUGACACUUUAGUACCUGUGGACAUCUCACCAGGUCAAGACACUAUAGUACCUGUGGACAUCUCACCUGGUCAACACACUUUAGUACCUGUGAACAUCUCACCAGGUCAAGACACUUUAGUACUUGGGGACAUCUCACCAGGUCAACACACUUUAGUACCUAUGGACAUCUCACCAGGUCAAGACACCUCAGUACGUGUGGACAUCUCAUCAAGUCAUGACACUUUCGUACCUGUGGACAUUUCACAGGGUCAAGACACUAUAGUACCUGUGGACAUCUCACCAGGUCAAGACACCUCAGUACCUGUGGACAUCUCAUCAAGUCAUGACACUUUAGUACCUGUGGACAUUUUACAGGGUCAAGACACUAUAGUACCUGUGGACAUCUCCCCAGGUCAAGACACCUCAGUACGUGUGGACAUCUCAUCAAGUCAUGACACUUUAGUACCUGUGGACAUCUCACCAGGUCAAGACACCUCAGUACCUGUGGACAUCUCAUCAAGUCAUGACACUUUCGUACCUGUGGACAUUUCACAGGGUCAAGACACUAUAGUACCUGUGGACAUCUCCCCAGGUCAAGACACCUCAGUGCGUGUGGACAUCUCAUCAAGUCAUGACACUUUAGUACCUGUGGACAUUUCACAGGGUCAAGACACUAUAGUACCUGUGGACAUCUCACCAGGUCAAGACACCUCAGUACGUGUGGACAUCUCACCAGGUCAUGACACUUUAGUACCUGUGGACAUCUCACCAGGUCAUGACACCUCAGUACGUGUGGACAUCUCAUCAAGUCAUGACACUUUCGUACCUGUGGACAUAUCACAGGGUCAAGACACUAUAGUACCUGUGGACAUCUCACCUGGUCAAGACACUUUAGUGCCUGUGGACAUCUCACCAGGUCAAGACCCCUCAGUACCUGUGGCCAUCGCACCAAGUCAUGACACUUUAGUACCUGUGGACAUUUUACAGGGUCGAGACAUUACAGUACCUGUGAACAUCUCACCAGGUCAAGACGCCUUAGUACCUGUGGAUAUCUCACCAGGUCAAAACACCUUAGUACCUGUGGACAUCUCACCAGGUCAAGACAAUUUUGUACCUGUGGAUAUCUCACUAGAUCAAGAAACCUCAGUACCUGUGGACAUCUCACCAGGUCAAAACACCUCAGUACCUGUGGAUAUCUCACCAGGUCAAGACACCCCAGUUCCUGUGGACAUCUCACCAGAUCAAGACACCUCAGUACCUGUGGACAUCUCACCAGGUGAAGUCACCUCGGCACCUGUGGAUAUCUCACCAGGUCAAGACACCUCAGUACCUGUGGACAUCUCACCAGGUCGAGACACUCUAAUACCUGUGGACUUCUCACCAGGUCAAGACACCUCAGUGCCUGUGGAUAUCUCACCAGGUCAAGACACCUCAGUACCUGUGGACAUCUCACCAGGUCAAGACACCUCAGUACCUGUGGACAUCUCACCAGGUCAAGACACCUCAGUACGUGUGGACAUCUCACCAAGUCAUGACACUUUCGUACCUGUGGACAUUUCACAGGGUCAAGACACUAUAGUACCUGUGGACAUCUCACCAGGUCAAGACACCUCAGUACGUGUGGACAUCUCAUCAAGUCAUGACACUUUAGUACCUGUGGACAUUUCACAGGGUCAAGACACUAUAGUACCUGUGGACAUCUCACCAGGUCAAGACACCUCAGUACCUGUGGACAUCUCAUCAAGUCAUGACACUUUAGAACCUGUGGACAUUUCACCAGGUCAUGACACUUUAGUACCUGUGAACUUCUCACCAGGUCAAGGCACUAUAGUACCUGUGGACAGCUCACCAGAUCAAGACACCUCAGUGCCUGUGGACAUCUCACCAGAUCAAGACACCUUAGUACCUGUGGGCAUCUCACCAGGUCAAGACAAUUUAGUUCCUGUUGACAUCUCACCAAGUCAAGACACUAUAAAAUGCCUGUGGACAUUCACAGGGGUCAAAGACACUAUAGUACCUGUGGACAUCUCACCAGAUCAAGGCACUAUAGUACCUGUGUGGACAACUCACCAGAUCAAGACACCUCAAAGCUCACCAGAUCAAGACACCUCAGUGCCUGUGGACAUCUCACCAGAUCAAGACACCUUAGUACCUGUGGGCAUCUCACCAGGUCAAGACAAUUUAGUUCCUGUUGACAUCUCACCAAGUCAAGACACCUCAGUGCCUGUGGACAUCUCACCAGAUCAUGACACAUUUGUACCUGUGGAUAUCUCACCAGAUCAAGAAACCUCAGUACCUGUGGACAUCUCACCAGGUCAAAACACCUCAGUACCUGUGGAUAUCUCACCAGGUCAAGACACCCCAGUUCCUGUGGACAUCUCACCAGGUCAAGACACCCUCAUACCUGUGGACAUCUCACCAGGUGAAGACACCUCGGCACCUGUGGAUAUCUCACCAGGUCAAGACACCUCAGUACUCCAAAGUGACAUUUCCCACCAGGACAUUUCACAGGGUCAAGACACUAUAGUACCUGUGGACAUCUCACCAGGUCAAGACACCUCAGUCAAGACACCCCAGUUCCUGUGGACAUCUCACCAAGUCAAGACACCUCAGUACCUGUGGACAUCUCACCAGGACUCACCAGGUCAAGACACCUCAGUACCUGCAUCUGUGGAUAUCUCACCAGGUCAAGACACCUCAGUACCUGUGGACAUCUCACCAGGUCAAGCCACCUCAGGACCUAUGGACAUCUCACCAGGUCAAGACACCUCAGUCCCUGUGGACAUCUCCCCAGGUCAUGACUCUUUAGUACCUGUGGACAUCUCGCCAUGUCAACAUACCUCCAUACCGGUGGACAUCUCACCAGGUCAUGACACUUUAGUACCUGUGGACAUCUCACCAGGUCAAGACCCUAUAGUACCUGUGGACAUCUCACCUGGUCAACACACUUUAGUACCUGUGGACAUCUCACCAUGUCAAGACACUUUAGUACUUGGGGACAUCUCACCAGGUCAACACACUUUAGUACCUGUGGACAUCUCACCAGGUCAAGACACCUCAGUACGUGUGGACAUCUCAUCAAGUCAUGACACUUUCGUACCUGUGGACAUUUCACAGGGUCAAGACACUAUAGUACCUGUGGACAUCUCACCAGGUCAAGACACCUCAGUACCUGUGGACAUCUCAUCAAGUCAUGACACUUUAGUACCUGUGGACAUUUUACAGGGUCAAGACACUAUAGUACCUGUGGACAUCUCCCCAGGUCAAGACACCUCAGUACGUGUGGACAUCUCAUCAAGUCAUGACACUUUAGUACCUGUGGACAUUUCACAGGGUCAAGACACUAUAGUACCUGUGGACAUCUCACCAGGUCAAGACACCUCAGUACGUGUGGACAUCUCACCAGGUCAUGACACUUUAGUACCUGUGGACAUCUCACCAGGUCAUGACACCUCAGUACGUGUGGACAUCUCAUCAAGUCAUGACACUUUCGUACCUGUGGACAUAUCACAGGGUCAAGACACUAUAGUACCUGUGGACAUCUCACCUGGUCAAGACACUUUAGUGCCUGUGGACAUCUCACCAGGUCAAGACCCCUCAGUACCUGUGGCCAUCGCACCAAGUCAUGACACUUUAGUACCUGUGGACAUUUUACAGGGUCGAGACAUUACAGUACCUGUGAACAUCUCACCAGGUCAAGACGCCUUAGUACCUGUGGAUAUCUCACCAGGUCAAAACACCUUAGUACCUGUGGACAUCUCACCAGGUCAAGACAAUUUUGUACCUGUGGAUAUCUCACUAGAUCAAGAAACCUCAGUACCUGUGGACAUCUCACCAGGUCAAAACACCUCAGUACCUGUGGAUAUCUCACCAGGUCAAGACACCCCAGUUCCUGUGGACAUCUCACCAGAUCAAGACACCUCAGUACCUGUGGACAUCUCACCAGGUGAAGUCACCUCGGCACCUGUGGAUAUCUCACCAGGUCAAGACACCUCAGUACCUGUGGACAUCUCACCAGGUCGAGACACUCUAAUACCUGUGGACUUCUCACCAGGUCAAGACACCUCAGUGCCUGUGGAUGUCUCAUCAGGUCAAGACACCUCAGUACCUGUGGACAUCUCACCAGGUCAAGACACCUCAGUACCUAUGGACAUCUCACCAGGCCAAGACACCUCAGUACGUGUGGACAUCUCACCAAGUCAUGACACUUUCGUACCUGUGGACAUUUCACAGGGUCAAGACACUAUAGUACCUGUGGACAUCUCACCAGGUCAAGACACCUCAGUACGUGUGGACAUCUCAUCAAGUCAUGACACUUUAGUACCUGUGGACAUUUCACAGGGUCAAGACACUAUAGUACCUGUGGACAUCUCACCAGGUCAAGACACCUCAGUACCUGUGGACAUCUCAUCAAGUCAUGACACUUUAGAACCUGUGGACAUUUCACCAGGUCAUGACACUUUAGUACCUGUGAACUUCUCACCAGGUCAAGGCACUAUAGUACCUGUGGACAGCUCACCAGAUCAAGACACCUCAGUGCCUGUGGACAUCUCACCAGAUCAAGACACCUUAGUACCUGUGGGCAUCUCACCAGGUCAAGACAAUUUAGUUCCUGUUGACAUCUCACCAAGUCAAGACACCUCAGUGCCUGUGGAUAUCUCACCAGGUCAAGACACCUCAGUACCUGUGGAUAUCUCACCAGGUCAAGACACCUUAGUACCUGUGGGCAUCUCAUCAAGUCAUGACACUUUAGAACCUGUGGACAUUUCACCAGGUCAUGACACUUUAGUACCUGUGGACAUCUCACCAGGUCAAGAAACUUCAGUACCUAUGGACAUCUCACCAAAUCAAGACACCUCAGUACCUGUGGAUAUCUCACCAGGUCAAGACACCCCAGUUCCUGUGGACAUCUCACCAGGUCAAGACACCUCAGUACCUGUGGACAUCUCACCAGAUCAUGACACUUUUGUACCUGUGGAUAUCUCACCAGAUCAAGAAACCUCAGUACCUGUGGACAUCUCACCAGGUCAAGACACCCCAGUUCCUGUGGAUAUCUCACCAGGUCAAGACACCCCAGUUCCUGUGGACAUCUCACCAGAUCAUGACACUUUUGUACCUCUGGAUAUCUCACCAGAUCAAGAAACCUCAGUACCUGUGGACACCUCACCAGGUCAAAACACCUCAGUACCUGUGGAUAUCUCACCAGGUCAAGACACCCCAGUUCCUGUGGACAUCUCACCAGGUCAAGACACCUUAGUACCUGUGGACAUCUCACCAGGUGAAGACACCUCGGCACCUGUGGAUAUCUCACCAGGUGAAGACACCUCAGUACCUGUGGACAUCUCACCAGGUCGAGACACUCUAAUACCUGUGAACUUCUCACCAGGUCAAGACACCUCAGUGCCUGUGGAUAUCUCACCAGGUCAAGACACCUCAGUACCUGUGGACAUCUCACCAGGUCAAGACACCUCAGUACCUAUGGACAUCUCACCAGGUCAAGACACCUCAGUACGUGGGACAUCUCACCAAGUCAUGACACUUUCGUACCUGUGGACAUUUCACAGGGUCAAGACACUAUAG